AUGGAAUCGAUUGCAAGCGACGAUUGGGAGCAGAAAUGCUCUGGUCUUAAUUUACUUCAACUUCUCAUCGCACAAUAUCCUGAUACCGUAACACAAAAUUUACAUCAAGUGGUUUUAGUUCUUAUUCAAGAAGUAAAAAAUCUUCGAUCGCAAGUUGCUCGUUUUGCUCUAUCAACAUUUUGUGAUAUGUUUAAAUAUUUAAAACGUAAUAUGGAUAUUGAACUCGAUUUAACUAUUAAAGCAAUCAUACAGAAAAGUGCAGAAAGUAACGAAUUCUUUCGAUCGGAUGCUGAAAAAUGUCUUCAAACGAUGGUCGACAAUGUAACACUUCAAAAAGCAUUACAAGCUCUAAUAGCGGGUGGCGCAAGCCAUCGUAAUCCAGCUGCAAGAAAAACAUCGGCUAAAUGUAUUUAUCUUGUUUGUGAAAAGUUAGGACCAACGAAAAUUCUCAGUGGUACUCGUGAUAUAACCGAACGAGUUUUACAAGUUGCGGCCACAUUUGCAUCUGAUGGACCACCAGAAAUUAGAUGGUACGGUAAAAAAAUCUAUCAUAUGUUAAUGCCAUUCGAUGAACUUGAUUCGAUGAUGAAACAUUAUCUAAAUCCAUCUGCUUAUUCAAAUAUGUGUGAAAUUUUGGAUAGCAUUCGAGCGAAAGGAGGUGUUGGUGAAACUCCAAGUGAAUCCGCUAGAAAUAAUGGUAGACGAACUUUGUCAAAUGAUAAAUUAGGCUCGCAUGGAAAUUUAACAAAUCAAUUUUCAUCAACACGUAAAAUAAAUACAGCGGAUCAAGCCGAACAAGUUCGAGAUUUAACGAAACAAAUGCGUAGUUCAGAUUUUCGUGAACAUUUAAGCGGUAUUGAAGAAUUUCAAAAGUUAUGUGAACUCGAAACUGAUACAGCUAUACAAUCACUUGUACAAAUAUUUGAUGGUUUUAAUGAUUGUCUAGCUGAUAUGAAUUCAAAAGUUGUACUCAAAUCAUUGAACACAAUGCAUCAAGUGAUACCAAUAUUGGGCGAUGCUUUAUCAAGUGUGAUUAAUUCAGCAUUGCCUCUCAUUGCACAAAGCAUCGCAUCGAAAAAUCGAGAGAUAUCUCAACUUCCAUCGGAUAUUAUCGACACAGCUAUUGAAUAUAUCGAUUGUGGUGUAUUAAUACAGCCUUUGUGUACACUUAGUCAAAAUAGCAAUCUUCGUAUUCGACCCGAGAUUGUUCUUAAAUUAGCGAAUCUUGCACCUCAUGUAUGUCAAAGCAAACCGAAACAAGUUGAAAUUCAUCUAUUACCAACAUUUUGGGAAUUAUUAUCUCUAUUACGUGGUCAAAUAUCAACAAAUAUAGCCCAAUCGGCCAGCGCUACUAAUGGUCUAAAUUCAUCGAUACAUAUAUUAACAACAGCACUUUAUACAGAACUUGGCUCAGUAUUACUUGAAAAAGCAAGUUCUAGUUCAUCAGUGACACCACAAAAUUUACAAAUGCUUCGCGAACUUUGCACAAAUCUAAAUACAGAAUGA